GAAGGAGUGCAUUGACUAGGUAAACCAUUACUCGUCGGUUAUCUCUUUCCUUUAGUCUGGGGUCGUUUUGGGGGCUAGUGUUCCAAUUAUAUCAUCUGUUGCCAUUUUAAAGAAAUGAUUGCAUUUAUUCUGUCCUGUAUUUUGAUCGGUGCCAAUGCUGGCCCCUUUCCAGAAGGAAGCGAUGCUGAGGCGAGAUAUGUCUUUCAUCUCGCAGACAAAGACGGCAAUUACUCACUCUCGCUUGCCGAGUUUCAGCGCAUUUUCUUCGAUUUCGAUCGAAAUCACGACAAGUCAGUGACCAGUGACGAGUUCCUGUUGGACUGGAUGGAGCGCCACCUCGGAUCGUCACUGGAGGCUGUGAUUCUUUUCCACCAUCUGGACGUGGACAGGAAUGGACAUAUCGAAGAUACAGAUAUUCCCUGGAUUCUUGCCUUUUUUGACAGAAACAUGGAUGGGGUUGUAGGACAAGCAGAAUUCGUCAUCACCUGGCUGAAACUGAUUAACUCUCCCCAGUCCAGAUGAAGAAUACAAACACACACGUGUGUGAAAGCAUAAUGUCUUGUUUCUUUUUUUUAAAAAUCGUUCAUUAAAAUCCAAAAACCCUA